AUGAACAUUUUCAUCUCCUUGGCAAUUUUAAUUGCCACAACGCAUUGUCUCACUUUACUACGAGAUCCUGUCACUCAAAAUGGUGCUUCAAAAUUUGAAAAAAGUAUUGGAAAAUACAAAUAUGAAGAAGGAUAUCUCAAAGCUCCAAUUGAUCCUUUCGCAUUCACCAAUGAUCUUGAAUUUGAUUUACGAUAUUUCUUGAAUAUCGAUCAUUACGAGACUGGUGGUCCAAUACUCUUUUACACUGGUAACGAGGGAAGUCUUGAGGCAUUUGCCGAAAACACAGGAUUCAUGUGGGAUCUUGCACCAGAGCUCAAGGCUGCUGUUGUUUUUGUUGAGCACCGAUUCUACGGAAAAUCUCAACCUUUCAAAAACGAAAGCUACACAGACAUUCGUCAUCUUGGUUAUCUUUCAUCCCAACAGGCUCUGGCUGAUUUUGCCCUUUCUGUGCAAUUCUUCAAAAAUGAGAAAAUCAAAGGAGCUCAAAAGUCGGCAGUUAUUGCAUUUGGAGGAUCAUACGGUGGAAUGUUGUCAGCUUGGUUUAGAAUCAAGUAUCCCCAUAUAGUUGAUGGAGCAAUUGCCGCGUCAGCUCCAGUAUUUUGGUUCACAGACUCCAAUAUUCCAGAAGAUGUUUAUGAUUUUAUUGUCACUCGGGCUUUUCUUGAUGCUGGAUGCAACAGAAAAGCUAUUGAAAAAGGAUGGAUUGCAUUGGAUGAAUUGGCAAAAAGUGACAGUGGAAGACAGUAUUUGAAUGUUCUGUAUAAAUUAGAUCCUAAGUCAAAGUUGGAAAAUAAAGAUGAUAUAGGAUUUUUGAAGCAAUACAUAAGAGAAUCGAUGGAAGCAAUGGCUAUGGUAAACUAUCCAUAUCCAACUUCUUUCCUGAGCUCUCUUCCUGCCUGGCCAGUCAAGGAAGCCUGCAAAUCUGCAAGUCAACCAGGAAAAACACAAGAAGAAUCUGCAGAACAACUGUACAAAAUUGUCAACCUGUACUACAAUUACACAGGAGACAAGUCAACGCAUUGUGCAAAUGCAGCGAAAUGUGAUAGUGCAUAUGGAUCAUUAGGUGAUCCAUUGGGAUGGCCAUUUCAAACAUGUACGGAAAUGGUUAUGCCACUGUGUGGAAGUGGAUAUCCAAAUGAUUUCUUCUGGAAGGAUUGUCCAUUUACAUCAGAGAAAUAUGCAGAGUUCUGCAUGCAAACGUUCUCCUCGAUCCAUUACAACAAAACUCUUCUUCGCCCAUUAGCCGGUGGCCUUGCAUUUGGAGCAACUUCUCUUCCAUCUGCAUCCAAUAUUGUCUUCUCGAAUGGUUACCUGGAUCCAUGGAGUGGUGGUGGCUACGAUCAUUCCGAUAAGGUACAGGGAUCAGUGAUUAGUGUAAUUCUGAAACAAGGAGCUCAUCAUUAUGAUUUACGUGGAGCUCAUCCACAGGAUACCGAAGAAGUUAAAAAGGUUCGAGCCAUGGAGACGCAGGCAAUCAAGAAAUGGAUCAAGGAGAAGGCGAGAAAUUCUUGGAGAUAUGAUUAAAUUUGAUUCUACACGAUUUUCUGUAAUUUGUUUUUUAUUAAAUAAAUGAUUAAUUCAA